AGCUACUAAGCUCUUCACUUUGAGUAUGCGAUCUCACUCCGUAAUCUUUCGAAUUCGAACUGGCUUCCGAGACAUCAAAAGGCGUUAUACUGAUCUGUACCGCGGUGCGCGCACUGGCUACACUUGCUGUCCUGGCUUUGUCAUAAGACUUUUGCAAUGCCUGCAGUACGACAGAAUCUCAUAGUAGAGACUAUGGAAGCUCCAAGACAUGACUCAAAUUCUGAUUCACAACGAACUUUGAUGUCCUACCUGAUCGAAAACAGUGAUAACUUUGCAAAGCUUGAGAAACUCAAAAAAAAGGACUGGAAGAAUCCCGCAGCAUACACCCACUGGCAGAAACGCAACAUGCAAGCAAAUCCUGCAACGCAAGAUGCAGUACAACAAGCGUUUCUAUACAAGAUGACCCAGCAAAUUGUAUCAGAGAUGCACAUGAAGACGGAGGCUCUGACCCCAGGAAAGCUCGGAGCUUCAAAGCUGCAGGUUUUAGAUAUCUGUAUGGCCCCAGGGGGGUUUACCUGGGGUGCUUUGAAAUACAACCCUAAUGCAAUAUCGUAUGGCAUAACCCUUCCCGAGCAGAGAGGAGGUUACAAGAACAGAUUCAGACUGCGAUCUCAGAACGUUCGAUUCAUGGACGUUACCAUGCUCGCUAGUGAGUGUGGCAUCGAUGUAAUACCAGACUCACAUCCGGACUUUGCUCGCUUCCUGCAGGAACGCCCCUUUCUAGAUCUGUCCUUUCAGUUGAUCUUCUGUGGGGGCGCCGUUCUAAGGUCCACUAGAGACUUCAACACCGACUACCCAAACCCAUAUGAGCGAACUCGCCUGACAACCUCACAACUAGUUCUGGCGAUGCAGCGGAUUAUGCCUGGAGGAACAAUGGUCGUCCUACUUGGGAAGCCGGAGCAUCCCGACACAACAGCGAUCCUCAGACACUUCGAUCGGUUCGCAAGAAUAGAGUUGUUCAAGUCGCGCAGGAAGCACACCCUUCGAUCCACGUUCUAUCUCGUGGCUAGAGACGUACAGUCCGAGUCACAUGCAGCAAAAGCUGCGUUAGAAGACUGGAAAGCUCGCUGGUAUCGCGCAACAUUUGGCGGUGAGAUUGGGACUGGAGAACUUGAGCCUGAUAUGGAUACCGCAUCCAUGGCAAGCAUGAUUGACGAAUUCGGUACGAGACUCAUUGAGCUGGCGAGUCCGGUAUGGGAAAUUCAGGCAGCGGCGCUAUUGAGACAGGACUUCAACGUCACUCACUGA